AUGUUUCCCACAGCCACACUUCUGUUGGUUUUCGCCAUACCUGAUUUCCUCACCAAGGUAGCCGCAGAAGAUUGUACUGUGUUCUCCACCAAUGGCUCAACUGCAGCGACGUACGAUUUCUAUCGGUUCUACGACUUCCGAAAUCUGAGUGAGAGCCUUCUUGGCAAUGCGGAUACAGUACCCGACAGUGGCGAAAAGCAAUCGAUAACAGUAACAUCUAAUGGACAAUCGAAGAUCAUUGCCGCUUCUCCUUGGAGUGCUGGUUGGGAUGCUCGGCAUUGGCUGAGGCCAGGAGCGAGAGAAGACACCAUCGAUAUGCACUAUACACCAUCCAGUGUAUCAAUAAGCAAGAACAACGAUGGGUCGAAAGAUUCGUCUACCUACCUUACUCUUCACACCACACGGCUGCCCAACGGUACGCAAUUAGCAUCUGAGCUAGACUUUAUCGAGCACAAUGCUACAUAUGCCUCGAUACGUAUGUUGGCGCGCAUACGUGGUGCAAGUGGUGCAAUUGCCGGCUUCUUCACAUACCACAACGACACCACCGAGUCGGACAUAGAAAUUCCAACCGGGGGCGGUAGCAACGAAAUACAUUGCUCAAAUCAGCCGACCACAGAUCCAGAUACAGCAGUACCAAUACAAGACGCAACGUUCAAUGUCUCUAUGGAAGAUCGUAAACCUACUUCUGGCUGGAACAACUAUCGGUUGGACUGGAUACGUGGGAGAAGCGCAUGGUACGUCGAUGGUAAACAGACCGCCGACACUAGUGUGAAUGUGCCGGGUGCCGAGAGUACGAUCAUACUGAACCUUUGGAGCAAUGGCGGAAACUUCUCAGGACGAAUGGAUAUUGGGAAUGAAGCUUGGUUCGAUAUUCAGUGGGUUGAGCUGCUUUUCAAUACCACUUCUACCACUGUUGCAAAGUCCAGUAGGACUGUAUGCUCUGUGGAGUCUUCUCUAGGAUCUCCAGUCCCAAGCACUUCCUAUUCUAUACAUGAAAGGGCUUCGGAACACCUUUGGUGGGUUGUCGUGCUGGUCUCGAUUGUAAUAUUUGUACAGUCUAUGUGA